AUGUGGGGGCUCCUUCUCUGCUGCCUUCUGGGCAUCUCUACAUGUCAAAGUUUCCAUUAUGAUCUCAGACUGAAUCCUAAGAAAACCUAUGAGUACAAAUAUGAGGGAACGGUUAACUUUGGACUCGGCAUGCCAAACCUCGCUGAGUCUGGGGUGAAAAUGACAUGCAAGGUCAAGAUUGAUGGUGUGUCUGCACAGACCUUCAUUCUUCAUGUUUCAGAUCUGGCCUUCGAGGAGUUCAACGGUUUUCCAGGGAAAAAUGGCUUUAAUGCUUCCCCAAAGCUCUCACAGCGCAUUGCUGCCCAGCUAGUCAAACCUUUUAUGUUUGACUACGCCAGUGGACACGUUGGUGACAUCCAUGCCUCUGCUGAGGUUUCUGACACUGUUGUCAACAUCGUGAGAGGAAUACUGGACUUCUUCCAAGUAACAGUCAAGACCACACAGAGAAUCUAUGAGCUGGAGGAGGUUGGCAUCCAUGGCAAGUGCCAGAGUAACUAUGCUACAGAGGAAAAUGUGAAAACAAAUGACAUGACCAUCACUCAAGUUGUUGAUGUUACUAACUGCAGGGAGAAAGCAGCAAUCUACAGGGGAAUGGCUACUGCUGUGCUCGACAAAGAAUCCAAACAGAGAGGGGAAUCUGUCAUUUCAACUGUGAGAUAUGUUUACACAGUCAAAUCAACAGCAGAAGGAGGUCUCAUUACCAGAGCUCAUGGCCUGGAGCGACAGCACUUCAGUACCUUCAAUGUGAAGGGUGGCAGUUUCAAGAUGCAAGCAAUGAAGGAAUUGGUGCUGCUCAGUGUGAGUGACGCAGACAGAGCUGUCAUGUUCGGGCCAAUGGAAAGUAAGGGCAACCUCAUUUUCAAGUUUGUGAAUGCAGGAGCUAAUGUCCCCAUUAUGAUGCAGAACCUGGAAGACCCCAUACCAAAGGCUAUUGAGUUGGUCAAGCAUCUGGCUCAAGCUAAUAGUUACCAAAUUGACAGUGCAACAACUGAAGAUACUAUAAAGCUGUAUCAGCUCCUGAGAGUGAUACCUUAUGAAGGAUUAGAAACCAUGUGGAAGCAGUUUGCUGGAAAUGAAGAGCACAGACGAUGGUUUUUGGACAUGAUUGUUGAGGUCACUGAUGCCAGAAUCCUGAAAUUCCUGGAAAUGAGGUUCCAGGCUGCAGAUGUCUCUGCAAGUGAAGCGCUGGAGACUUUUGUGCUGUCUAUUAACCACCUCCAGCCUAUUCCAGAGCUGGUUGAAAUGGCUAAAAUGUUCCUGAAUAUGCCCUUUACUAAAUCCAGUAUCUACCUGUGGAAUACUGUGGUACUUUCAUAUGGCUCUCUGGUGUACAAGCAUUGUGCCUAUUAUACACCAUGUCCAGUAACUGCUGUUCAGCCGCUGUUGGACAUGGCAAUGAACGGUCUGAAGAAUGGGAACGAGGCAGACAUGGUUCUUGCUCUGAAAGCACUGGGGAAUGCAGGUCAUCCAGGCAGCAUUAAAACCAUCAUGCGCUUCCUCCCUGGAGUAGCUGCCACCCCUGUGAAUCUGUCACCUGGUGUACUGAGUGCUGCUGUGCAGUCUAUGAGACUCCUCGCUGCCAGAGACCCUCACAGUGUCCAAGACAUCACCAUGAGUCUGUUCCUGAAGAAGGACCUUCCCACUGAGAUACGCAUGUUGGCCUUUAUGACCCUGUUUAAUGCUAAGCCUUCAAUGGCUCUGGUGUCCACAGUGACGACACAUCUGCAAGAGGAAAAAGACCUGCAUGUUGUUAGUUUUGCAUUCUCUUAUUUGAGAAGCUUUGCUAGAUCCAGUACACCAGACAAUCACUUCCUCUCUACUGCCUGUAAUGUAGCUGUUAAAAUGCUGGCUCCUAAGUUUGGCCGUCUCAGCUAUCACUACAGCAAAGGACUGCGCAUGGACUGGUUUAAUGAUGAUUUCCUAAUUGGCACAUCCACUGAAGUUUUCAUGCUAAGAAGCGCUACAAACAUCUUUCCAACUGAAAUCAUGAUGAAAGGAAAGUUUUAUUUCAUUGGUAGAAUUCUGCAGCUAAUAGAGUUGGGAAUCCAUGCUGAAGGAAUUAAGGAGCUGUUUGGCUCUGGCAUCCCUGGAUUUAAAGGGGAUCUCAGUUACAAUGACUUUCAAGCUAUUUUCAAUGUGCUUAAAAACUGGCAAAUUCUGCCCAAUGAUAAGCCUGUCCUUUCUGCCUUCAUACGCGCCUCUGGACAAGAGUGGUUCCGUGCAAAUCUCAACAAGGACUUCAUUCAGAGCAUCAUCGGGGCUGUCAGUCCUUCUGCAGGGAAAGGAAGCCCUCUGUGGGAUGCAAUUGAGAAUUUACAGAGGGGUAUUUCAUGGCAUAAGACCAAACCCUUCUUGAUCUUUGAGGUUCGCUACUUCCAGGCUACCACCCUGGGUCUCCCACUGGAGAUCAGCAAAUACUAUGAAACAGUCAACGGGAUCACUGUUAAUGCCAAAGCUGCAGUAAAUCCACCAAUAACAGAUCGUCUUGGACAACUCUUGAAUUCUGAAAUUUCACUGGAGACUGAUGGUUUUAUUGGUUUUACAAAGGAUUUUUGGCUUUUCUAUGGGAUCAACACUGAGCUGUUCCAGUGCGGUUCUGAGUUUAAGAGCAAAAUGCCCAUUGCUAUCCCAUGGAAGUUUGUCGCCAAGAUUAAUGUCCGAGAAAAGAAAUUUGAACUUGACUUCCCACCAUGCCAAAAAGAGUUUGACCUCCUUUCACUCAGCUCCAAUGUGUAUGCAGUCUCUAGGAACAUUGAAGAGCUAUCUUUGGCUAAAAUGACCCCAAUUAUUCCCAAUGCUCUUGACUCCAAUGAUGAAGUUGUCCGCAUGGGUCCCUCAGUUGUGAGGCCUGAGUCAGAAGAGAUCCAGACACCAAACACUUGGCAUCCAAGAACCAAACUGUGCACUGAGAGUAACAUUUAUGGAGUAGGACUGUGUGUGGAAUCUGAAUUAAGGAGAGAGUAUUACCAUGAGGAAUACCCCCUGUACUAUUUCCUGGGAUACACCAACGUGGCAAUCAAAGUUGUCCCAGCCCGGGCAAUCAAAGCUGUUGACAAAAUCCACUUUGAGAUCAAUGCCGGCCCGAGCAGACAUCCAGCGGGUGUUGGCCAACUCCUUGAGACACUGAAGAGGCUUUCCAAGGAAGCCAUCCGGCACGUGCGUCUGUCUUCUGAUUCAUCAUCAAGCGCCAGAGAAUCUCAUCACAGCCAUCAUGACAACACAAUGGAAGGCUUUUACUCAACACCUGAAGCUGUAUUCAACAUCAAAGCGCUUGUCAUGAGUGGCAACCAGAAGCCUGAGGGUUAUGAUGCAGCCGUCUACUAUACGCCCGAAGCAAACAUUCAGAACGCCCAACUGAUUGUGUCCCAGGUUGGAGAAGACACCAACUGGAAGAUGUGCGUCGACACCAUUGUGAAUGGUCGUGCUGAGGCAAAGGCACACUUCAGAUGGGGAGCUGAAUGUCAGUCCUAUGAAAUGUCAAUGAGAGCUGCGACCGUACAUCUGCCCGGUUCUAAGCCAACACUCAAGGCCAAGGUACACUGGACUAGGAUCCCAGACACCAUGGCAGAGAUGGGCAGAAGAACUGAAAGCUACAUCCCAGGCAUGGCUUUCCUUCUCGGUUUCUACCAGCAACAUGAGAGAAAUGCUAAGCAGGAGGUUUCUGCAUCAGUUGUUGCUGCCUCAGCAGACAGUGUUGAUUUGAAGAUUAAAUUCCCAGAGUAUACAGUCUACCACCAGGCUAUUCCAGUUCCCCUGCCACCUGUCAAUUUUGAGGAAUUUCAACAUGACACCAGAAACACAACAGUAAAGAGCUUUGGACAUGCAUAA